ACAUUCCCAUCGCCCUCAGACCCGUGUCGGUCUACAGACACGAACUGCCGCCAUCAUUCAUCCAAACUAUUCAUGAGUUACGAUCCUCGCCUGGCCGCCCGGCCAUACGGCGUGCCAGACGAUGACGACGAUGAAGGAGGUCGGAAAGGUUCGGUUCGAGCAGCGCGCGAACGAAUGCAAUCCGCAGCCAACCCAGGUCCAGCACCCAACCGACCGAGAAUGAUGGGUCUUCCGCAAAGACCUAACCAGCACAUUACUCCCAACUCGUCACGGCAGGCGCCGCAGCAACAACAACAGGAUCUCGUCGUUCCGGAAAACACCACAGGAGGCGCCCUCUCCCCGCAAUGGCCUCUACCCAGCAACAACCUAUCUCCCUAUCGCGGACCUCCUCCGCAACGUCCACCGAGACCGGUCUCAGAUGAUCUGCCCAUCCAACAGCUGUCGCCUGGCUACCGCGAAUCCUUUCAAAGUGACGACUUGCUUUCCCCAAUCUCGAACCCAUCCAGACCUUUGACCACUUCCUCUGCGGCGUCAGAGGCUUCAUCUCUCGGAUCUAUCCCCGAUUUCCCAGUCCCUCAAAUGCCCGUUGUGCAACAGCAAUCCAGACGGACGCCUAGCUUAGGACCACCACCUUCCUCGCGCAGAGGACCACCUACCUUUUACACGCAAAUGUCUUAUGUAUCGCCAAUAGCUGAAGAGGUGGAAACAAGAUCAAACACUAUACGGUCUCAUCACGGCUCGUUUGCAUCCAGUAAUGUUAUGCCCUAUAAUGAUGAUUACUAUGUAGAAGAUGCAGGAUUUCGAUCCGAGGACGAUGAAACUAUAACCAGCGAAUACGGACGGGAAUCGAGGGCCAGCAGCCACGAUGACAGCAGCGGGCUGAUGACGCCUGCCCUUCUCAGGCAAGCGAGUCUUGGACGACGCACAAAGCCUUCUCUGAUGACUAUCAAAUCGGUCGACAGCGGCGUGCCAGUAAAGAGAAAACCGUCUGCCGAUAGCGAGGAAAUGCCCGAGAUCCCGGCCGCAGUAUUGGCAGCAAGAGGCGGUUAUCCCGGCGGUGGCAGUGUUCUCUUCGAUCCUUCAUCCGAAGAAAACUCGUUCAAUACGCUUAGGGAUCCGGAAAAGGAGGCAUUUGCCCAGGCAGCCGCAGCGGGACGUGGCGCCAAACCCCGUCCACCGCGACUUGACAUUGACGCAGUUCGCGAUGCCGAAGCGCGAGGCAGUCUGACCAGUCUACCAGAGUUGAUCCGGCGAGCAACGAGGCUGGCUGCGAACUUGGAUCGAGGCAAAACCGCGAGUCGGCUUAGUCUUGCUUUCUGGGAAGCUGGUGCUCCACCAAAGAAAGGCCAUAAAUCCGGUUCCAUGACGGAUAUGCUUGCUGCGUUCCCUCCUCCUGGAGCAGUCACACCCAAUGGCGUGCUAACCCCAAGGCCAAAAGGAUUGUCCAAAUGGCCAACGGAUGGCGCCCGAUCUCUCGGCAGCGAGUCUGCGAUGAGCAACAGAAAAGAUCGAAGGAGGAGAUGUUGCGGCAUGCCCAUGUGGACAUUCGUUACGCUCCUGAUCGUGCUCUUCUUUCUCAUUGCUGCUGCCGUUGUCAUUCCUAUUGCCCUCAUCGUCAUCCCCAGGAUGAGAGAAGCUGCCCCCCCUGCAGCUCAAGAUAUGAGUGGGAUGAACGGUAACGGCAACAACGGCAACCCAGGCAACCCCAACAUUGGAAAUGGCGGAAACACCAACCCUUCCCCCCCGCCACCGACUUCGUCUUCUGGAACUCAAAAUUCUCAGUGCAGUGGAAUCAUCACCUGCCAAAAUGGAGGUGUGGCUGUUCUCAACGGGGAUCGUACAUGCAACUGCGUUUGCAUCAAUGGUUUCACUGGCUCUACAUGUGCGACUGCGAGAGCUGCCGGAUGCACCACCAUGAGCGUUCCUGGUACCGAUGUGAACGACGCCACAGUGGGAACUGGCAUUCCCCGUCUCGUCGAGAGUGCCGAGAGCUUUCAGAUUCCCAUCAAUGCAACCCGCCUGACGUCUCUCUUCUCCAGUCUCUCUAUGAGUUGCACGGCAGAGAAUGCGCUCAUCACAUUCAACGGUCUGGCCACUCGAUCAUUACCGCAAGGCUCGAUCCCUAUCAUGGUAGGAGACGCAGGCACGCCAACGCAGUCUUUGCCAAAACUGGAGGCUCCUCAUCGAAACCAUGCCUUGCGUGUACUGAGCGAGAGGCAGACCAUCGGCCAGCCUGGAACCGCCAAUGCACCCGCCUCGUCACGGCCAAAUUCUGCAAACACCAACGAAGCCUCCGACAUAGUGCAGCCUAUUUCGAGCAACUCGACUGCUCUUGACUUUGCGCGUGUCAGUGUGCUUGUGGCACUCCUCGAGACCGGCAAGCUGGACACUGCAGCGAACGCGCAAGAAUCGAUCCAGGACUUCCUGACCUCAAACCGAAACGGCAACUCCAAUAGCAACACAGUCAAUGUCGGUCCCUUGACGGUCGAUCUCGUGCAGCUCUCGAUCAAAUUCCAGAAUGGAACUACCAUCCAGGCGAGGGUGAACCCUUCGUAG